CCGCGCUGCCCUCCCUGCGCCCCGCGGGGGUGCGAGCGGCCGCGCUCAGCCCCAGCUCCGGCGCGGAAGAUGCUGCGGCUGUGGCUGCUCGCCGCGCACGCUCUGCGGCUCGCCGGGGCGGCCUUGCUCUUCCCCGGGUCGUGCACCUUCGAGGACAGCGCCUGCGGCUACCAGUGGGACUACGCGCAUCUGCCCUGGACGCUGCACGGCGAAGGACAUUACAUUUCUGUGGAUACAUCCUAUGAGGGUGAGAAAGCAGUGCUGUCCAGCCCUGAUCUGUACUCCGAGGAAUGGAGCUGUGUCAGACUGAUUUAUCAGAUAGCGACAACUUCAGGCACCUCAUCUGAUCCCGCCAGGCUCAACCUGUACCAGAGGCAGGAAGGAGAAAGYUUUGAUCGUUUGCUGUGGUCAGCCAAGGAGCCAUCCGACAGCUGGCUCAUAGCUAGCUUAGAUUUAAGGAACAGCACAAAGAAGUAUAAGCUUGUACUGGAAGGUGAAAUGGGACAAGAUAAAUCCAGCAGUAUAGCAGUUUUUGAAAUCAAAAUAACUUCUGGAUAUUGUAUUGAAUGUGACUUUGAAGAAAAUCAUCUUUGUGGCUAUGUGAACCGCUGGAAUCCUAACGUCAACUGGUUUGUUGGUGGAGGGAGCAUUCGGAAUUCUCAAGCUAUCCUGCCCAAAGACCACACACUUAAGAGUGCACUGGGUCACUACAUGUAUGUGGACUCUGUUUAUGUCAAACAUUUCCAGGAAGUGGCCCAGCUARUCUCACCAAGGACCACGACCCCAAUAUCUGGCUGCUUAUCUUUUUAUUAUCAACUUAAGCAGGAAAGCAGCAUUGUCUUUACUGUUUACUUAAGAGACAUGAGUGGCUUUUAUGAAGAGAUCUGGAAAACCGACAGUUCACUGAAUGCAGACUGGGCGCUAGCAGAAGUUGACUUCAAUGCGCCGUAUCCCAUGGAGGUAAUAUUUGAAGUUGCUUUCAAUAGCGCUAAGGGAGGUUAUGUUGCCCUUGAUGACAUUUCUUUCUCUCCGGUUUACUGCAGGAAUCAGACAGGAACUCCUUUCAAUCCUGCCAGUGCAGGCUGCAAUUUUGAGGAAGAUCUGUGUAACUUUUACCAAGAUCAAAAAGAUGGCCCRGGAUGGAGCAGAGUGAAAGUGAAACGUAAUGUGUAUAGAGCAGGGGAUCACACUACUGGGUUUGGUUAUUACUUGUUGGCAAACACAAAGUUUACAUCACAGCCUGGGUACAUUGGGCGUCUGUAUGGCCCAACCCUGCCAGGAAACUUGCAGUUUUGUYUGCGCUUUUAUUAUGCCUUAUAUGGGUUUUUCAAGAUGAGUGGCACUCUUGCAGUUUAUAUCUAUGAGGAGAAUCAUAUCGUUCAAGAAAAGAUCUGGUCUGUYUUGGACUCUCCAAAGGGAGUUUGGACUCAAGCCGAAAUCUCCUUCAAAAAGCCUAUGCCUUGCCAGGUUGUCUUUGUCAGCUGGUGUAAAAGCUUCUGGGACUGUGGACUUGUGGCACUGGAUGAUGUAUCAUUGAGCCUGGGAAGCUGCCAGGCUGCUGAUUUAUUGCUGCCCACUCCUGGAGAAUGCACUUUCGAAAAAGAUGAGUGUGUGUUUACCCAGAAGAAGAGAGGUCGUGGGAGCUGGCAYAGGAAGAGGGGUCCAACUCCCACUUCUUACACUGGACCGAAAGGAGACCACACUACUGGGGUAGGAUACUACAUGUAUAUAGAGGCAUCUAACAUGGUCUAUGGACAGAGAGCAUACCUGGUUUCAAGAUCACUAAGAGGAACACCUGGAAAACAGUGCCUGACAUUUUUCUAUCAUAUGUAUGGAGCUGGGACUGGAUUAUUAAGUGUUUAUCUAAAAAAGGAAGGGGAUGAUGAAGACAUUCCUUUGUGGAGGAGGACAGGGGAACAAAGCAUCUCAUGGCUAAGGGGAGUGAUAGAAUAUGAAAGUGACACAAACUACCAGAUUAUUUUUGAGGCAAUCCGGGGUGUGUCAAUAAGAAGUGACACAGCUAUUGAUGAUAUUCUGUUCCAGRCAGGACCCUGUUUGGAAGUGGAAGAAAUUCAAUUCUCAUCAGGCCAUCCAGACAGCUUAAAYGAAAUUGAGUAUUAAACACAAUCUGCUGAAAGGAAUGAAGCACAYAGAAGAAUUGUAUGUGACAAACUGCACAAACUGCCUAUUUUAAAAUAUGUUUCAAGUAAAUACUGGACUGAUUUGAAUACACACCAAUACAUAGGAAGAACUCGGAGCGCUCAUGUUCUUCACAUUUUGAAUGAAAUUAUUGACUCAGGGCCUCUUAGACCGUAAUUUUUUUAUAUUAUUUCCUCUUUUGCAU